AUGGAAAAUAAUUGCGUUGCAUGGGAAAGAUUUACGCCAAGUGGUCCUGUAGCUCUGCUACCACUUACUGAAAAUAUGAGUUCAGUGACAUGGUCGACAAAUACAGAGCAUGCUGAAGAAUUGCUUUCAUUACCACCGGAAAAGUUUGUUGAUGAGCUUAAUGAAUUUUUGACCACUGACAUUCAUCAAAAUUCCAUAACAAAUCAGUUUUUAUCACUAACGGAACAACUAUUAAAAGGAGUAUUUUCCGUAAGUGAGAAGCCAAGACUUACUUUUCCGACGGUUACAUCCUUAUAUGAAGAUACUCGUGCAGGAUUUCCACUGGCUUUUGGACAUUGCUAUAGUUAUAUUAUACCAAGAGCUGCGCUGAUUGGUGAUGCGGCUCAUCGUACUCAUCCGUUAGCUGGACAAGGAGUUAAUCUCGGAUGGAGUGAUGUGAAAAUAUUGACAAGUUGCCUGGAACAAUGUGUAAUUGAUGGUGGUGAUUUAGGUUCGCUUACGUAUUUGUCCGAUUAUGAUACACAUGCACAACGACGGAAUGUACCUGUGCAGGUGGCAUGUGAUUGGUUGAAUAGACUUUAUUCGACGAGUAGUACGCCACUCAUUCUUAUGCGUUCCUUUGGUCUUAAUAUGGUCGAUAGAUUAGCACCUUUAAAAUGCUAUAAUGAUUUCAUUUAUCUUACUCUUACCACAGGAUCUUAUCGUUUAUCGGACGUCAACGUAAACAAUGCAAUGCAAUGCUGA